AUGGACAAGAGAAAUCAAUCAACAAUCACAGAAUUUCUCCUAUUGGGAUUUGGAAAACUUCACAGCUACAAGAUUUUAGUUUUUACUCUUUGUUUGAUCGUCCACAUCAUGGCUUUGACAGCAAAUGCCCUUGUAAUUGUCCUGGUUGGGGUCACCCAGAGCCUUCAUUCCCCUAUGUACUUCUUCCUCAGCCAGUUGUCCUUGUCUGAGAUGCUGUUCACCAGUAACAUUGUGCCCAACAUGUUAUGGCUGAUACUGAAGGGAGGAGGAAAAGUAUCGGUUGUCCGGUGUUUAUCUCAGUUUUAUUUAUUGGGUGUUCCAACCAUUGCCCAGUGCUUGCUGUUUGCUGCCAUGUCCUUCGAUCGAUAUGCAGCCAUUUGCAGACCAUUACAUUAUAACACCAUUAUGACCUUUACACAUCAGCUUCAGAUGAUAAUCUCCUGCUGGUUGUUGGGCUUCACCUUGGCCCUUUUAAUAUACAUUUUCUUGACCAAGUUAAAAUUUUGUGGCCUCAACACUAUCAACCACUUCUACUGUGACACUGCUCCUGUUCUACAAUUGUCCUGUUCUAGUACAUCUUCUGUAGAGCUGGUCACUGCUCUGGUGGCAUUUCCUGUCAUUGUGUCACCAUUCAUGUUUAUUAUACUCACCUACAUUUCAAUCAUUCAGACCAUCCUCAAGAUUCCCUCCACCACUGGAAGACAUAAAGCCUUCUCCACCUGCAGCUCCCACCUGAUUGUUGUGUGCAUGUACUACGGGACUUUGUCAUCCAUUUAUAUCUUCCCACCAAGAGAUAAUUCCAUAAAUCUGAACAAAGGUCUAUCUGUUCUAUACACACUGGUGACUCCAUUGUUUAACCCUUUAAUUUACAGCUUGAGAAACCAGGACAUUAGAGGCGCCAUUUUUAAGUAUAUUCAAUAUAUGAGGCUAUGGAAAGCAAUGGAGGCUUAG